GCGAAGAAGAAGAAGCAGAAGAAAGCUGAUCCUUUAGCCUACUUUUGUAUCGAGUGUAUUUUCAGCGUUAUAAAGUUAUUAAAAAUCAAUAAGUAAUGUUAAAAUAGAACUACAGGAGUCCAUAAGGAAGAUAUACAAGACGCAUACAUCUGUGGGAGCGAGAAAGUGUGUGUUUGUGUGUGAGAGAGUGAGAGACAGAGAGAGAGAGAGUGUGUGUGUAUGAGAGAGAGAGUGUGUGUGAGAGAUGGAGCAAGGUGUGAUGGAUAGCCCGGUGGUCCUCGUCAUUAAAGCGCCUGAUCAGAAGUACGACGAUCAAACUAUCAGCUGCUUCCUCAACUGGACGGUGGAGAAACUGAAGAGCCAUCUUUCCAACGUUUAUCCCAGCAAACCUCGCUCGAAGGAUCAGAGGUUGGUGUACUCUGGAAAGCUGCUCCAGGAUCACUGUAAGCUUCGAGACGUGCUCAGAAAGCAGGAUGAGUUCCAUAUGCUGCAUCUGGUGUGUGCUUCACGCAGUCCUCCUCCAUCACCAAGCACACGCAGGAGAAACGGCAGCAGCAAUCAGUCCACGAGCUCUAACAGCUCCAGAAGUCCCGCCCCUGGAGAUAACGUCCAAUCAGCUUCCUCUGAAGUGGCUCCUGAUAGGCUGAGUUUGAGCUCUAGUUCCAACUAUCCACAUCCUUCAGCACACGGGUUACAGUGGAAUCAGUGGUUUAACCAGCAGCAACACAACACCCACACGCCGCACUACCCCAUGUACAACCCCCACACCCUGCUGUGGUGGCAGCAGCUCUACACCUGGCACUUCCACAUGAACUAUCAAACAUGGCUCGCAUCCCAGCAGUCGGCUACACCCUCAGUUCCCCCAAUCAGAGAGGCACAGGCCGUUGCCCAUGACAACCCCCGGAAUGGCCCGGUUGGGGCGGGGCUUAACGAGGAUGAUCUGCACCGUGAUUGGCUGGACUGGGUGUACGCAGUGUCUCGAGCAGUCGUCCUCCUCAGCCUCGUCUAUUUCUAUUCGUCUUUUAGCCGAUUCGUCAUGGUAACAGGAGCCAUGCUGCUGCUCUACCUGCAUCAGGCAGGUUGGUUACCCUUUAACCUGGAUAACGAGCUGCAGGACCUCGCUGAACCGGCCAAUCACAAUCAGGAUGAGCCAAUCGCAGACAAUCACAACAACACGGAUCAGCUGGCAGAUGAAGGCGAGGACGAGGAGGAGCAGCGAGAAGGACCCGACGACGACGACGAUUACGAUGACGACAACGACGAAGACAACGAAGGAUGGGUGAACAUGGGGUUCCUCUCCUCCACUUGGUCUUUCAUCACCACCUUCUUUGCCUCUCUGAUUCCCGAAGCCGUUCCCAACGUGGUGAACUGACGCCGAGCUUCACUCUCGAUCAUGAAAAAUCCCUCCAUCACUUCAACAACCCUGCAGAACCGAGCAGGACACGAGCAAAGACGAGCACGUUCGGACAAACCGCACCAAACCUUUCUGAUGGGAAGCUGUGAGUGUCGUAAACCAACGUUUUACACACACACACACACACACACACACAUGCUUCCUUCCUUUCCUGAGUAUUUCGUUAAGACUGAUCCUCAGCAUCAUGAGAAGUAGCUGAAACCACAGACUCCUUAAAAUUGCAUUUUCUAAUCCUUCUCCGUGUUUCUUGUAAUAACGAGUCCUUAAAGAGGGACGUUGAACGGACAGCAGCCUCUGUGCACUUUAUACAAUCUGCUGUCAGUAUUUUUCAGCAUUUUUUUUUUUUUUUUUUAAAUCCCUGUCCUACUUGUUCUUGUACCAUCAUUGUCUCUGUUCUUCCAAAGGCUUUUCACACUCAGUUGAAAACAAGGUUGCAGAGGAAGUCGGCACUCCGGUCGUCAAUGCGUCAGACACAACAUUAAGAAGCCAUUUAAUGAUUAUGCACCGUGUUUGUGUAAUUCGUGUUAAACCUUAAGAGGUGGAGGGAGAAAAAAGGGCACAUGAUGACUUAAUAGACAUGUCAUUUAAUAUUAUUAUUAUUAUUAUUAUUAUUAUUAUUAUUAUAAUUUAAUUUCAUUUAACACAAGGAUCAAUUGACCCACAUACAUCCGUGUAUCUGAAAGCCAAAAAUGCCCCAUGGUUUGCCCCAUGGCUCCUUGCUUGUGGUGCAUUUCCUUUUCACUGGCCAUUUUAAUAGGAACCUGCUGACUCAUGCGAUCAGAGUCACGUCUCAGCAGAACAAGGCUACACCGGGCAGCGGGUCACUCGGGUGGGUUUCACACUGAGAACGUUUACCGCGCGAAUCCGAGCGUGAUCCGUUCUAUCGAACCCUGAUACAUUUGCGUUGGUCUGCCCUCAUAACAAAACGUGCAUGUUGGACAACCAGAUUGACUCGCCAUCGUCUUUUUAUUAUUAUUUCCAUUCUGUUGUAUUAUACACAGUAAGGCUUCUGACCUCUUCUGUUUCUUGUCACUCAGGCUCCACCUAAUGAUGUCAUCAUCAGGUAACACACAGUGUGUACUGUGGUAUAAAAGCCUUUGUUUCUCACAUAUGAGUUACAGAACAGUGAAAUUGUUCUGUCACAUAUCACAACGUUUUUGGAGGUUGGGGUCAGACUGCAGGGUCAGACAUGAUACAACAGCCUUGGAGUAGAGAGGGUUAAGGGCCUUGUUUAAGGGCCCAACAGUGGCAGCUUGGCAGUGCAGGGGCUUAAACCCUGAUCCUUUAACCCAGAGACUUAACCGCUUGAGCUACUACUGCACACGCAGGUUACUUUACUUCCUGAAGACCCGAGUACGAGUCACAGCCACGUUAAUGGGAAUCCUGGUGCAGUUCCAGUGCAGCCGAACUCACACUGCCUCCUACAGCUAGUCAUGGGUUCAGUCCCGUGCUGCACUUCCCAGUCCACAUGACAGCUUUUUUAUGCUAACCCUGAUCUGUUCCUCAUCAUGGUGAUGUUUUUCCUUUCAUCAGCUGACCAGUUUCAGUGAAUCUGUACCUGUUGGCUGAUCGGAGUGGGACACUGAUGUAGAACAAGAUGUUUUCCUGCUUAUCUGUUCUCAUGUAGUGUUGAUUUGACUUACCGUAGCUUUCCUGUCCACUCAAACCCGUCUGCAUGAUUUUAUGCUUAUUUUUUUUUUCUGCUGAUUGGAUAAUUGCAUGAAACCUGAGGUGUAGGUUGGUUAGUUUAAGGAAUAAAUUGCUUAAAAGAGUUUGUUCUAAUAAUGAAGCAUUAACAUAAAGAGCAAAAACCUUUUAACAUGUGGAUUUGUCAGUAUUGUUUCAUUCAUUUAGGGAAGUGAACCAUGUCACGUCAUUUUUGCUGUAGAGUGUGUGUGUUUUUUAUUCACUGUUUCAAACCUUUGUGGUAUUAAAGCUACUUAAGAGGCUGAUGCUUAUUUGCUGGGAGUUCACAAUGACAGAAGAGUUAGAAUUGCAGUAAAACUAAUGACAUCAAAUAUAGUGAACCUGGACAUAGCGGGAGACGAACCUGGACAUAGCAGGAGACGAACCUAAACUAAGGGUAGACAAACCUGGACUAGCAGUUGAGGGACCUGGACUAGCAGGAGCUGGACCUGGACUAGCAGGAGCUGGACCUGGACUAGCAGGAGACGAACCUGGACAUAGCAGGAGACGAACCUGGACAUAGCAGGAGACAAACCUGGACAUAGCAGGAGACAAACCUAAACUAAGGGUAGACAAACCUAGACUAGUAGUUGAGGGACCUGGACAUACCAGUAGACAAACCUGGACUAGCAGUUGAGGGACCUGGACUAGCAGGAGACGGACCUGGACUAGCAGGAGACGAACCUGGACUAGCAGGAGACGGAUAUGGACAUUGACAUGGACUAGCAGGAGACGGACCUGGACAUUGACGUGGACUAGCAGGAGACGGACAUGGACAUUGACGUGGACUAGCAGGAGACGGACAUGGACAUUGACGUGGACUAGCAGGAGACGGACAUGGACAUUGACGUGGACUAGCAGGAGACGGACAUGGACUAAAAGAUGAACCUAGAGUGUGUUCGAUUUUCACUUCCCAAAAUGUUGAGCUUCCUAUUUCAUUAAUUAAGAAACAAGCUCUUGAUUAAUCCUGAACCAAAAAUUCCUCCAUGCACAUGAUGUGUUCACAGUGUGAAGGCUUUGUGAUAAAAGGUCCCAACUGUAACAUGGACACAGCUUUAAGGUUUAAACCGGAAUGGAGUGUUUAUUUUAUUCUCAAGUACUUCAGUGUGAACAAAAUUAAAAAAAAAAAACAAAACAGCAGUGUUAUUAACUAACAUUCGUAUUUAUUUAUUCAGUCGGCCAAUCAUGUGGCAGCACAACUGGAAAAUCUGGGCUACAGCAGGCUCAGGCUCGGUUGUUGAAGAUAAAACAAAUCAUUGUCUUUUUACCUUUUUUUUUAGUAAUUUUAUUUUUACUAAAUGUCUGACAGGAACGCGAGCUUUCUCUUUUCUAGUCCAUGUUGUAUGUUUGAGAUGCUUUUCUGCUCACCGCGGUUGUAAAGAGGCUGUCUGUGUUACUUUAGACUUCCUGUCAGGUCAAAGAAGUCUGGUUAUUUUACUCUGAGCUUUCUCAUCUCGUUCAAGUCAACAAGACAAACAUUCUACAAGGUACAGUGCGUACAGACAAAAUACUUUGUACGGACACCUGUUUGCGAUCACGAUCAGUUUUUUAACAACAACAGUGUUGUCCUGUAUGAAAUCAUCCAAUACUUUGUACUUUUUUUAUGGUUUCAUUUCUAGCACAAUAGAAUUUUUGGGCUGAACUAUUAGAAGACGAAAUGUUUGAGACGCAGGAUUUCACGCGACCCUAACAAGCGUAAUAGCGUGUUAUAAAGCAGGUUCAGGUGUAUGGUGCAAACUCGUAUCCUUUCCUUCCUGGACACAUUUCAUCACAAGUUCAUCAUCAUGCAUCGAUUUGAUUUGUGAAAAUUUUCGAAAGACUUUUUCCACCAACAAAAAUGACACGUCAUCAGGCUCGGUGUAUUGAUCGAUUGUACAAUAUUUAUUAUGACCAUUUUAACCAAAAUUAAAUGAAAAAAAAAGAAAUUCUUUGUGAAUUAUACACAAGAACAAAGAGUUAAUGAUUUUUCAAUCAAAUUCAUCACCUGUGUGUGACAAAUAAAAACCAGACUAUACAAAA